AUGGAGAAGGAAAAGACAGAAGAAACUGACGCUGGUAAAUCCGCCCUCACUGAACCAAAGUCUGAACCAGUCGAAACGACUCCUAACGAGGCACUGAACAGCAACGGAAACCCGCCGGAAAACGCCGCGGCAGUUGCUGGCAAAAGUGGACCCAAAACUAAACUAUCACCUAAAAAGACUCCAACAAAACGGAAACGACGAAAGGGGCCGAAAGAUGCAAAUGCACCGAAACAUCCAUUGACGGGAUACGUUCGGUACAUGAACGAGCAUAGGGAAGCGGUGCGACAGAAAAACCCCAAUCUAUCACAUGUGGAGUUGACAAAGCUGAUGGCCGAAGAAUGGUCCAAGUUGCCAGAAGAGAAGAAAAAACCAUACUUGGAAGCAGCGGAAGCAGACAAAGAGCGUUACUAUAAGGAGAUAUCGGAGUACAAGUUGACGGCCGUGGAGAAAGGGCAUGCGAAAUCGAAUGAGACACCACAAAUCGCAGUGGAAACACCGGCGGCGAACGUCACACCGGCGAUUUCAUACGUGAAUGGAAAUGCAGAACAGAAAGCGAUCCGCCGUGGCGAUUAUGAAAUACCCAUCUUUACGGACGACUUUCUCGAGCACAACCGACUGAUUGAUUCCGAGUUGCGUACGUUGCGUAAGUCCAACAUCGAUUACGAACAGCAGAACUCGGUGCUUGAAAAGCACGUGGAGAACAUGGAAAAUGGUAUUCAGAAGCUAGAAAGCGAGACCGGCACGCUUACUGCCCGGAACAAAGUGCUCGUGAACUACCUGCAAAAACUGCGCGCAACGCUCGCCAGUGCGCUUCAGGGACUGCCUCUGGGCGAGGAGAGUUCGGGUGCCACUUUGGAAAAUAUUGAUCAGUAUUUAGACAGCUUGCAUCAAAUGGCAGAUUCGAGCACGCAGGGCCACACGUUGAACAAAGCGAAGGAUAUUAUUCGAAAGCUGGAUCUGCAAAACCUUUCCCACUGAAAGGGUAAUUAGUAAGAUUCGCUGGAUACGAGAGAAUAAACAAUUCAGUUCAGUGGGACACAGUUUCGUCUAAUAAACACACA